AUGCCAGUAGAAACUCUGCAAGCAGACAGAAUGGUCCGGCAAGUUUCAUCCAGCGGAACCUUCACAUCUGCCAUGCCUUUCCGAAUCCUCAACAAGGGGCCGGAAUAUUUCCGUCGACCGCCUGAGCCCAGCAGCAAGAAGCCCAGCGCAGUCAAGCGACUGGAGGCCGACAAGGCAAAGUAUGUCAAGAGCCAGCAGGUUGUCUGCACCCGGCAGGAGCCUGUGAAACCGCUGGUGAUUAAGAAACCCCUGACACGCGCUUUCCUGCAAAACACCCCCACCAGGAAAGCACCUCUGGCACUGCGAAGGGGGGAAGGACGAAGGAACGUUCUUAAUAUGGAUAUCUUGAAUAAUCUGAUCGAUAUCUGUGACAGCCCCCUGUCCUCUCCCAAACUUGUGCCCGACGGCGCUGCUGUCACAAGACCGCAGACGCCUAAAUGGGAAAAGCAAAUUUCUGCCGACAAGCCCACAGGAUAUUCCAAACUUUCGGACAGCUCCAAAACAGAAAACCCUGGGCUUCAUCAACCCCCUCCGCCAUCACCUGCCAUCACUAGUAUUUCAUCCACCAGUUCCAGAAGUUCUCGAAAGGGCACGGCAGAAAGUGAAUGCAAGCAGCCCUCGUUGCACCGUUCCAAAUUGGACUUGAGUGACAGGUACUCUCGGGGCACCGCUGACUUGGAGCGCUUUUUUAACUACUGUGGCUUAGACCCCCAGGAGAUUGAGCACAUUGGCGUCGAGCACUUUGUACGGGCCAGCUCGGAUAUUGUUUCCAACAAGUUUCCCAGUGUCAGCACGCCCAGUUCGGAGUGCGGCCAAUCCCAACAGAGCAACCACACGGAGGAGAAGUCCAAUGAGCGUGUGCCCUAUGGCAUCUCCAUAAUCAAGAGGAAUGCUCGGGUCAUUAAGUGGCUGUAUGGCAUCUGGCAAGCCAGGGAAACGCAGAAGGUGUCCAAUGUGUAG